AUGAGCGAACGCGUGAAACGAAGAAAGGUGAACAAUCCGACGAAUAGCAUAAAUGGGAGGAUUAACUCUCAACGCGCUACUUUUGAAGGCGAGAAAGAGUCCUGGAAUGGCUUCUGUGAGCUAGAAUCGGAGCCGGCUAUUUUCAAUGUGAUGCUCCGCGAAUUUGGAGUAACAGGCGUUCAAGUUCAAGAAGUUCUGUCAUUAGAGGAGAAGUAUCUGGAUACUUUGAAUAAACCCGUCUACGGCAUUAUAUUCUUGUUUCGCUGGAGAGAAGACGAUCCGGAGAAGCAGGAGGCAAGCUGCCCUGAAGGUCUAUGGUUUGCAAAUCAGACGGCGAGCAAUGCAUGUGCCACCGUUGCUCUUCUAAACAUCGUCAACAAUAUCGAAGGCGCUGAUCUUGGGGAGAAUCUUCGGAGUUUUAAAGACUUCACUAUGCCGUUUACACCUGCACUCAGAGGAGACGCGAUAAAUAACUUUGAAUUCGUCAAAAGAAUCCAUAACUCUUUCGCUAGGAGAAUGGAUAUCCUGAAUUCUGACCUUCAACUCAAACACGAGGUGGCCUCAAAGCGGAAGCGGUCAAAGAAAAGUGGGCGUGAGGAGCAUGAGGCUGACGCAGGAUUCCAUUUUAUUGCUUUUGUCCCUGCCUUGGGAAAAGUAUGGAGGUUUGAUGGACUAGAGCGCCAACCUCAAGCUCUCGGUGUGUUUGAGCCGGAAAGCAAUUGGUUAAGCUUGGUAAAGCCGAGUAUCAAGGCAAGAAUGGCCGAGUACGACGAAGGCCAGAUCGCAUUCUCAGUUCUGAGCUUUGGUCGAGACCCUUUACCCAACCUUGUCGAACAACUGGCUAUGAAUAUCAAACAGCUGCAGUUGGCUGAGAGGACCAUAACUUCACGUGAACCGAAAGAAAGUGGUAGCGGACCGCAAAUCAUGCCAUUUCUUGCCGAAAACACGCUCUUGGGCUUGGAUGGGUCCUACGGAGUGACAGAAAGGGUUCUCAACGGAGCAGUUAUUGCACCGGGAAAAGCAGAAGAGUAUUUGAGUUAUUCAACGGACGAGCUUGCGAAACACUGCGCAGACAUGAGCAGCGCGCAGGAAAAACUUCGGAUAGAAAUUCGAGAUAAACAGCAGCUGCAUCGGGCGGAUGACGAGUAUGCUGAAGGAAGAAGGUAUGACUACGGGCCAGCAAUAAGGACAUGGCUACGUCUCUUGGCACGCAAGCGGAUUGUUGAAGACCUGAUUCCCAUAUCGCAAUGGUCUACUUAA